UUUGACACUGCAGUCGCUCACUAGCAGGUGCGUUGUGCGCGCGUGCGACCGCAAUCUUUCAAUAACAGCUGAUUUGACGCGAACAAGAUCGCAAAUCAGCGAUAAAAAUAAUUAAAUUAAUACAAUUAGAUGAUAUAUUGACUGUUGGAUAGUGUUGUGUUUGACAGAUGAAAAUGACUGUAAAUCGAAUAAGGGUCGUGGUGCUCGGGAGCGCUAGAAGCGGGAAAUCUGCCGUUGUGGUGCGGUACCUAACUAAGCGAUACAUUGGAGAAUAUAGCUCAACUGGCGAUUUUCUGUAUCAACAUCGGGCGACGUUCGACGGUGUUUCAUCAGAAGUCGAAGUUUUAGAUACGUGUGGAUGUGCGAAAAGGGGAUGUCUAGCUGAACACCUAAGAUGGGGUGACGCUUUUGCCGUCGUGUAUUCGGUUUGCGACCGACGGUCGUUUCUGGCUGCAUCUGAAUUACUGGCACUGUUGGAACGAACGAGACUGCCAGGGUGCACGGCAGUUACUCUUCUGGGAAAUAAGAGAGAUUUGGAACAUGCAAGGGCUGUCAAAACUGAAGAAGGCCAGGAGUUGUCUCUUCGUUUCCGAUGUCAGUUUUACGAAGUGUCGGCAGCCGAAUCGUCAGCUGGUGCGGCCCUUGCCUUCCAAGCUUUGCUUCGUGAGGCACGUUCAAUCGCUUUAUUGCUACCAACCCCAAGACGAAAACUUGCUGCCUAUUCUGUUUCUAAGGUAAUCGGCACAAUUCUGGGGCUUAGCAACAAGAGUGUGAGAAAGAAACGUCCGUCACUCAGUAUAUGAUCUAGCUGUUCAAAAGGCUGGUUUUUGUUUACUCCAAGAAGGAGUUUGUAUGCUCUGUGGGCUAAAAGCCUAGAGAUCUGUCAGAGAAAGCUUUGAUAUCCGGCUGAGGCGGAUGAAGUAAAGAUGGAAAGUGUUAAUUGAUGCAGGGUUUAUUGAUAGCCUUCGAAAUUCGAAUUUUGUUCUACAUAAAUGUGGAUAUUAAUUAAUAAGUAAUAAUAACUAUUAUCAUAAACGUUCGUAGAUAUGUG